CUGCGCCCUCGCAGUCUUGAAUUUGUCCCGCGGAUGCGUGAGAGAGGGGAAGCUCAGCGCAGACGGAGAGUGCGGGACGCGAGGCGAUGCGCGCAGCGGAGAGUCUUGUGGAGCGGACGUGGUGAGCUAAAACACAUUUCUGAGGACGCGGAGACGAAAGUGAGAGCUGGAAGCGGAGACGGCAGCGGCAGAGCCCUCAGAGCAAGUCAGUGUUUCCAGUGUUUUUGAGCACAAGGUCUCCGGACAGCUAAUCGGAGAAGGUCGCCUCCACCGUGUGCUCGUUUUUUUUUUUCAGCAGGACGGCUCCACACGCCGCCGUGCGCCCCGGUGAUGGACCGGCUCUGAAGAUCCGCUGAAGAAGACGACCCAGCCUGGACGCCAACAAGUCCACCGUGUUUUGAGAAAAUGGGCAGUUUCUACAUCGUGGAGGGGAGGGCUUUGCUGUAACACCGGCGGAUCAUGGCAGGGGUACACGCUUCAGAUGCCGUGUCGGGACAGUUUUUGGAUCCUGCCAUCGGCCCCCCGCCGGCCCAGGGCGCGACCAACGCUGCGGGAGUCACCGGCGAUGCGGCCGCGGUGACUCCGACCGGUACCCGGGCGUAUCUGGAGGUGUCCGCCGCUGCCCAGGGCUACGGGGCCGAAGGAGUUUACACCAAUGGACGGUACAGGGACAGCAGCAGUCCCAGGAUCGGGAGUGGCAGCCGAGAUAAUUCCGCCGAGAGAAGUCAGGGAGCUGGAAACCCACCUUGCGGCAUCAUGAAGGAUGGUUCCAAACGGCAGGUGAGGAAGAAAACAGUGUCCUUCAGCUCAAUGCCAAGUGACCGCAAGAUCAACAGUACAGCUGCUUGCAUGGCCUUUAUGAUGGAGGGCUGUGAAAUGAAGAAAGUCCGCUCCAACUCACGCAUGUACAACCGCUACUUCCUGCUGGAUCCAGACAUGCACUGGCUCCGCUGGGAACCAUCCAAGAAGGAUUCAGAGAAAGCUAAACUGGAGAUCAAGGGCAUUAAGGAGGUCCGCUUAGGAAAGAAAACUCCAGUUCUGCGCAGCAAUGGUCUCUCUGACCAGUUUCCCGAUGAAUGCGCCUUCUCAAUCAUCUAUGGGGAUAAUUAUGAGUCUUUAGAUUUAGUAGCCAGUACAGCAGAUGUUGUCAGCACCUGGGUGAUGGGCCUGAGGUAUCUGGUGUCUUAUGGCCGGCACACCGUUGAUAUGGCGGAACCCAGCCAACCGAGUUUACGAACAUCAUGGAUUGGCUCCGUGUUUGAGCUAGCAGAUAUGGAAAAGGAUGGACACAUUGACCUGUUCAGGGCCACUCAGAUAAUUAAGGGUCUUAACCCUGGAAUGAAAGAGUCUAGGAUAGAGCUGAAGUUCAAGGAACUCCAGAAAGCUAAAGACCAAUACGGAGAGGCAAUUAACAUGGACACCUUUGUGGAGGCCUACUGUGAGCUCUGCACACGGCCAGAGAUUUUCUUCCUACUGAUGCAGUUCUCAAGUAACAAGGAGUAUCUGGACAGUAAAGAUCUGAUGCUAUUCGUAGAGGUGGAGCAGGGUGUGGAAGGUGUAACGGAGGACAUGUGCAGGGAUAUUGUUCAAAAGUUUGAGCCAUCCGCCAAAGGCAGGGAGAAGGGCUACCUCUCCAUUGAUGGUUUUACACACUACCUCCUCUCCUCUGAAUGCCACAUCUUUGACCCCCAGCACAAGCGUGUGUGCCAGGAUAUGAAUCAGCCUCUGUCCCACUAUUACAUCAACUCCUCACAUAAUGCCUCCCUUCUGGAAGAUCAUUUCUGGGGUUCGUCAGACAUCAGCAGCUACAUCCGAGCUCUUAGGAUGGGCUGUCGCAGCAUUGAGGUCAUUGUAUGGGAUGGCCCUGAUAAUGAACCAGUUGUGUAUGUAGGCAGUUCGGUAGCCUCACAUCUAGCUUUCUCAAAAGUCCUGGAUAUUAUAAACCAAUAUGCUUUUGAGAGCUCCGAGUAUCCCCUAAUUCUCUGCUUAGUGACCCACUGCUGCAUCCCCCAGCAGAGGGUCAUGGCACAGCACAUGAAAAAGAUUCUUGGGGACAAGCUGCACAUUGAUCCUCCCAAUAAGGAGGACAACUACUUACCCUCCCCUGAGAAACUCAAAGGCAAAAUCCUCCUCAAGGGAAAGAGGCUACCACCCAGCUGCACUGACCCUGAAGGGGAUGUGACAGAUGAGGAGGAAGGUCUGGAAAUGUCCCGAAGAGUGGGAGCUGAUGAGAAGGACCAGCUAAAUGGCUUGGGGUACAAGAGACUCAGACUGUGCAGAGAGCUGUCUGAUCUUGUAUCUCUCUGCAAGUCAAUCCAGUUUAGGGACUUUGAGAUCUCUAAGAGAGACCAGAAAUACUGGGAGAUUUGCUCCUUCAAUGAGGUAGAUGCAAACAGGUUUGCAAAUGAGUUCCCAGAAGAAUUUGUUUGCUAUAACAAACGAUUUCUCUCCAGGGUAUACCCCACACCCAUGAGAAUUGAUGCCAGCAACAUGAACCCCCAGGAUUUCUGGAAGUGUGGCUGCCAGAUUGUGGCCAUGAACUACCAGACGCCAGGCCUGAUGAUGGACCUCAACCUUGGCUGGUUCAGGCAGAAUGGCAACUGCGGGUAUGUUUUGCGGCCAGCCAUCAUGAGAGAGGAGGUGUCCUAUUUCAGUGCCAAUGCUCGGGACUCCCUGCCGGGGGUGUCUGCUCAGCUUCUUCACAUCAAAAUCAUCAGCGGGCAGAAUUUGCCCAAACCUCGUGGCUCUGCUGCUAAGGGUGAUGUGGUGGAGCCCUACAUAUAUGUGGAGAUCCACGGCAUCCCAGCCGACUGUGCUGAGCAAAGAACCAAGACUGUGUCCCAGAAUGGUGACAACCCUAUAUUCGAUGAGAGUUUUGAAUUCCAGAUCAAUUUACCAGAACUGUCAGUACUGCGCUUUGUGGUGCUGGAUGACGACUACAUUGGGGACGAGUUCAUUGGCCAAUACACCAUCCCAUUUGAGUGCCUACAGCCAGGCUAUAGACAUGUCCCCCUACAAUCUCUGACAGGAGAGUUCCUUCCAAACACGACCCUGUUUGUGCAUGUAGCCAUCACCAACAGGCGAGGUGGAGGAAAGGCACAUAAGAGGGGUCUGUCUGUAAGGAAGGGAAGGAAGGCUCGGGAGUACACCACCACCAAGACCACAGGUAUCAAAGUAGUGGACGAGCUCUUCAGGGCUUCCACCCAGCCCCUCAGGGAGGCCACAGACCUCAGAGAAAAUGUGCAGAAUGCCAUGGUGUCCUUCAAGGAGCUCUGUGGCCUGACGCCGGCAGCCAACAUGAAGCAGUGUAUCCUGACGGUUUCUACCUGGCUGAUGAACAGUGAGCGGUCGCUAAGGGUGACAGUGGACCUGAGCGAGACUUACCCCACCAUGGAAGCUCAGGGUCCUGUGCCUGAGCUGCUGCGCAAAGUGCUCAAUGCCUACGACAUGAUGAUCCAGACCAGCAGAACACUGAUCGAGUCAGCUGACGUCGUCUACUCCAAGCUCACGCAAGCACAACGGGCAGGUCUGGACUUCCACGAGGACCUGCAUCGUAUUGGAGCAAAGGAAGGUCUGAAAGGCCGCAAGCUUCAGAAGGCCAUGGAGAGCUACGCCUGGAACAUCACUGUCCUCAAGGGCCAGGCGGACCUGCUGAAGCACGCUAAGAGCGAGGCCCUGGACACUCUGCGUCAGAUCCACUGUGCAGCUCAGUCCUGUGGGCUCAGUAAGAACGGAGCGUCUUCCCCCCAGCUCCAGCACCACCCGUACCACCAGCAGCCGCAGCAGGUCCAGAUACAGCCGCAGCCUCCGGCUAAGCCCUACCCACAGCCCCCACCGCUGCAUCAGCCCCAAGCUCAGCCCAUAUCCCACACCGCACCUCAGGCUUACCUCCAUCCCCUUCCACAACAAAACCCCCAGCUACCAGCUCUCCCUCUCAUUCAAACUGUUUCAAAACCACCUGCGUAUCCUCAACCCCCACCCAUCCCCCAGCUCCAGUAUCAGUACCAGAGCCAGCAGCAGAGGGCAGCAGGACCUCUGGACACCCUCCCCGAGAAAGAGACGGCCGGCGAGGAUCCUGUGGGAUCCUGCUGACCCGCAGCCUGUGCCCACAGAGUAACUGACCCAAAGAGAGACAGAGAGAGCGAGGCAGAGACGGAGAAGCAGCAGGGCGUAGACGAAAAGCAGGAGGCCAGCAUAGAAAGGGAGAUGGAGGAGGUGGCCGAGAGGAUUAAAGAGAUGAUGAUGCUGAGGAAGGCUCGUCGCGUCAGAAGCGAAACACAAGUCUGAAAGGAGAAAAUAAGGAGAGACCUCACAUUUCAGUUAGACGUUUCUAAAGGGGUAGAAAAAAAAACUGGAAGAAUGGAAUGUUUACUUUUCUUGCAGAUGUGGAAGAUGAUCUUCCAUCUGAGCCAAGAAGUUUAGGUCUCCUCUGUUUUCUCUCUCGCGAAAAUCCAGACAAGUUAACAGGUUAUCACACACAUCUGGCUGUGUGCUUCUGCAUAGGACUGUGUUCAGCAGACAGAUCAGUGAGUUAGAUGUGUCUCUCUCUGGGCGGUGCUAGUUACAUGCCCCUCCACUUUGUACUCUAGCUCUGUGGGUACAGGCUUUACCUCACAUUGGCAUUUUCUGCCACAUAUUGCCUUUUGGUUUCCAGAGACUCCUCGGCAUGUCUUUGAGCUUUUAUUUUGUCACGCUCCCCCCCUACAUUUUAACCAUAAUGUUAAGUACAAACCCCUCCCCCCACACUCCUUUUUCAUUUUUAGAGCAGCUCGACCAGGCUGAGCUCUGUAGGAGUCACAGACGACCAUUUCAGCACAAAGCAGGGAGCUGUAGGGAUGAGAUAGGGAAAAAAACAAAACAACCUGUAGCUGUUUGUGCGUUCAGUCACAUCGAUGCACUUCUCGCAUCCUUCACCAGUGUCACCCUCCAUCGAGCCCCCACACAUCUCCGGUGUCAUUCCUUAGAAUUUAAGUUCUCCGGCAUUCCUGGACUCUCCCCCAAAAGGGUCUCCCCGUCUCCUCCCCAGGGGCUGUGUGUGUGACGUUACGUGACUUGGUGUUUCGGCCCCCAGGGUGGAGCUGGCCCACGUCCGAAAAAGUGGCGGAGCUCACCAGCCAAUCACAAAUGUUAUAUGUGACCCCGGCCUGUUAGAGGUCGAAGGUCAACAGGAACAUGGUACUGCUGUCGAUAAAAACCACAAAAUAAAAUGGAUAUAGAUGUAAACUGUAUGUAAAAUGUAAAAGGAACAUAUAUUGCUAUGAUAAUUCUUGCAGACACGGACAUUAAUGAUUGCUAUUAUAAUAAUUGUUGUUAGUUCUGUUGAUAUUCAGAUUCUUUUUUUAACAGUAACUUCCACAUAGACAGUGAUUUGACACCUGUUGUUCUGUGGUGCCGAUCAGGACAACCAGUGCAUGUGGGACUGGAACGAGGGAUUACGGGUUAGCGCCACGAACAUGAGGGUCAAAACAAUAACCUGACAUGUGUUUCACUGCAAAGUGAGUGUGGAUUCUGUAAAAGCUCCUUUAAGUGGCCCAUUAAAACUGGCUUCAUUGUUUA